UCAACCCGCUCUUUUCCAACAUGGCGUUCAUGCGCAGUACUUUCGCCGCUGUCAAGUCAAUUUCGUCGUCUUUUGACACCGCUCUCUUCGGCUCUUUAAAGUUAAAUUUCAGCACUUUUUAAGGCGUCUAUACGGCUUUACUGAAUUAAGAAGUGCGCUUCACAGUUUUCUGAUCGAAAUGUCGCACACGAUUCUGCUGGUUCAGCCGACCCAAAAACCUGAGACCCGCACGUACUCGGACUACGAGAGUGUGAAUGAGUGCAUGGAGGGUGUGUGCAAAAUCUAUGAAGAGCAUCUGAAGAAAAUGAACCCAAACACGCCGAGCAUCACCUAUGAUAUAUCUCAACUGUUUGCUUUCAUCGAUGAUCUUGCUGACUUGUCCUGCCUUGUGUACCAGAAGCAGUCAUUCACCUAUGCUCCUUACAACAAGGACUGGAUCAAAGAGAAAAUCUACAUUCUGCUGAGGAACCAGGCCUCCAGAGCCUAGAGCUGCAAUUGACACUAUGUGACGCUAACUUUCAAAAGUUACAGCACUGUAUCGAUUUUAUGGUGGAUUUAUGUUAAUUUUUGCAUUACAGGAAAAUGCGAAUUCGAUUAUUAUUUAUCUGAUGAGUGAAAAUCCACUCUUUGUACUGAAUUUCAAGAAUAAUUUUGUCAUUUACAUGUGUAAAUAAUCUAACGACCUGCCAAUCAUGCGA